ACUAAAACCUUACUUCCUUCGUCUGCUCUUUUCUCUCUCUCUCUCUACGCAUUUCUUUCUCUCUCUAUAUCUAAUAAGCCAAUACAUACAUCGAUAGAUACACACUAAUAGCGCCCACCCACUACGUAAUCUGGGAUUCCCCUGAUUUUUGAUUCCUCCAAUUCGAUAUUCAAAUCCCUAAUCUUGCAGCGUACCUCCGCCUAUCCGACGCUCGAAUCUCCUCGACCUAUAUCCCUUUCGUUUUCCAUCCCCCCCAAUUUGCGCCGUCCCCAAUUUACUUCCUGAUUUGGGUUUCCGUUGUAAAAACCCUAGCUCUUACUGAUUCUACUUCUCUCAGCCCUACUCGAAGUCUUGGCUUCUAAUUCGCAAUCGUAGCGUAUUUAGUUUCGGUGGGCUCGAUUUGUUUGGGGGCUUUUGUAUUUCUUCGUCAGGUAGGUGAGAAUUUUGCAAUUUACUGGCUGGUGUAUGCCAGUUCUCUGAGGAAUUUUCUCUUGUAGAGUGGCCAGCAUCUAUCUUUGCUGCUUAAUGCUGAUGGCAGCAUGCAGAUGAUUGUUGGAAGAAAUGCAAAGGUAUCAUGCUGGCAGCUGCAAUACUGCAGUUAAUAGUAAUGCAAUUGGUGGGAUACAGGGAAGGGAAACAUCCCGUUCUGACUCAUCCAGUGUGCCUCCUAACUUCUCAGUGAAUUCAAGACGGUCUUCGCAGCUAACACCGUAUAAAUUAAGGUGUGAGAAGGACCAGUUGAAUCCCCGGCUUGGACCACCCGACUUCCACCCACAGACUCCAACUUGUCCUGAAGAGACUCUCACCCGAGAUUAUGUGCAAACUGGUUAUACAGAGACUGUUGAAGGGCUUGAGGAAGCUCGAGAGCUUUUGUUAUCACAGGUUCACUCUUUCAAGGAACCCAUUGUUGUCAAAUGCAAAGAGGCAAUCAGAAAAUGCCACAGAGCUAUCAAUGAGUCUCGUGCCCAGAAGCGAAAGGCUGGUCAAGUUUAUGGAUUGCCGCUUUCUGGUACACUGUUGACCAAGCCUGGUAUUUUUCCAGAGCAAAGGCCAUGUGGAGAGGACUUCCGUAAAAAAUGGAUUGAGGGUUUAUCACAACCUCAUAAGAGACUGCGAUCAUUGGCUGAGCAUGUACCCCAUGGUUAUCGAAGAAAAUCUCUAUUUGAGGUUCUAAUUAGGAAUAAUGUGCCGUUGUUGAGAGCAACAUGGUUCAUUAAAGUAACAUACCUUAAUCAGGUCCGUCCGUCUUCUAAUUUUACUUCGGGUAGUCAUGAUAAACAUCAAAUUAGCCGUUCAGAUCAAUGGACAAAAGAUGUUAUUGACUACUUGCAUUAUCUGUUGGAUGAGUUUGUUACAAGAAAUAAUUCUCAUUCAACUCUGCACAUGAGAGACCGGUCUGCACAAAUGGUUUUUGUUGGUUCAGUGCAGCAAAAAGGUGAUUCAUUUCCCUCUGUCAUUGAUAGUGAGGAGCCUUCGCUGCACACUAAAUGGUGGUAUGUAGUGAGGCUUAUUCAUUGGCACCAUUCUGAAGGAUUGAUAGUUCCUUCUCUUGUUAUCGACUGGGUUCUUAAUCAGCUUCAGGAAAAAGAUGCUCUCAGUGUUCUGCAGUUACUGUUGCCCAUUAUAUAUGGUGUCAUAGAAACUGUUGUUUCAUGUCAGACUUAUGUGCGCACUUUGGUGGGGAUAGCUGUUAGGUUCAUCCGAGAGCCUUCUCCUGGUGGUUCUGAUCUUGUUGAAAAUUCUCGCCGUGCUUACACCACUGCUGCUGUUGUUGAAAUGCUCCGAUAUUUAAUACUUGCUGUACCUGAUACUUUUGUUGCCUUGGACUGUUUUCCUCUGCCUACAUGUGUUACCACUCAAGUGGUGAAUGAUGGAAGCUUCAUAUCCAAAAUGACCGAGGAUGCUAGGAAGGUGAAACUUGGUCAGACUGACAUUGCCGGUCCACUUAGGGAUCGGAAUCAUGAAGUUCAAGUUGAGUCCUUGUCCUUCCAAAGUGCUGUUGCCUCCAUCAAAAAACGUGCUGAAACGCUUGCAACAGCAGCGAGACCUAGUCAUUCUGGUCAGAAUGUAGCUAAAGCCUUGGAAUUGUUGGACCAGGCUCUCAUGCACGGAGAUAUUGGGGUUUCUUACAGCUUGCUCUUAGAAAAUAGUUGGGAGGGGGUUUGUGCAGAACGGUGGAGUGCUGAAGUGAGCCCCUGUUUAUACACAUCUCUUAAGCAUAUCAGUGUAGCUACAUCAUCAUUGCUUUGUUCCACCUUUUUCAUUUGUGAGUGGGCAACUUGUGAGUUUAGGGAUUUCCGUACUGCUCCUCCUCAUGGUUUGAAGCUGACAGGUAGAAGAGAUUACUCCCAGGUACUUAUAGCAACUCGGCUUUUGAAACUAAAGAUGAAGAACCUGCCCAACUUGUACAGCUCAAAUAGGAAGAUAAAAAAUAUUUCAGAUGUUUUCAGCAGCCCAAGCCCCUUGCAUGAUAUUAUUGUGUGUUGGAUUGAUCAACAUGAAGUGCAUAAUAGAGAAGGUUUCAAGCGAUUGCAGCUUCUAAUCAGGGAAUUUAUUCGCUAUGGUAUUUUCAAUCCAAUGGCAUAUGCCAGGCAGCUGAUUGUAAGUGGAAUCAUGGAUGGCAAUGGGCCUAUGGCUAACCUCGAGAAGUGGAAUAGACAUUACAAACUUUUGAAGCAGUUACCAGCUCCAUAUGUCCAAGAUGCUUUGCAAGAAGCCCAUACUGUUGAAUCAUCAACUCUUGUGGAGGCAAUGGCUGUUUACUCAGAUGAACGACGGUUGUUACUACAUGGUCUAUCAGGACACAGUAAAUCCAGUUCUGGCACAAAAAGUGCUGCUAAGAAACGGAAGUAUCAUUUGAGGUCUGAAAGUGGAAGUGCUUCUUCGUCUGUUGAUCAGUGGUAUUUUCAGGCUAUGCCCAAUAUAUCAACAGUUGACGUUGAUGCUGAUAUCAAGCUUGAAGAUUUAAAAUCAUCAAUCUCUGUUCUGUUACAACUUCCGCAUUCUACACCUUUGAUUGAAGCUGGAGUUGAUGAAUCCAAAGGGGGCAUUAAGAGAACUGGAGGGGCUUACUAUGGAAAUGGUGGUCGUGAAGAAACAUCAGAAUGUGAAGAAUGUAGAAGGAUAAAAAAACAAAAAUUAAGUGAAGAAUGGAGCUCUGUAAAUCAAGUAGAUGAUGAUGAAAUGUGGUGGGUAGGAAAAGGGUCAAAACCACAUCCAAAGCCUACCAAACAGAUGCCAAAGAGUAGGCAGAAACCUCCCCGUAAAACACAAAGUCUCGCACAAUUAGCUGCUUCUCGAAUCGAAGGUAGUCAAGGUGCAUCCACAAGUCAUGUAUGUGAAAGUAGGGUAGGGUGUCUACAUCAAAGAACUGAUUCUGACGCCGCAAAACCUGUGGAUGGGAAAAGCAAUCCACCAUCUCGGGAUAUUGUUUCGAUUGGGAAGAAUUUGAAGCAAAUGCGGUCUGUAGAGAAGAGGAUCUUGAUUGUAUGGUUGCUAUCAGCUGUAAAACAGCUUAUUGAAGAAGCUGAAAAGACUGCACCCAAGAUUGGGCAGUAUGGUAGGUCAUAUCCUGCUGCGGAUGAUCGAAGCUCCACAAAAUGGAGACUUGGGGAAGAUGAAUUAUCCGCAAUUUUGUAUAUUAUGGAUGCUUGUAAUGAGUUUGUAUCAGCAACUAGGUUUCUUCUUUGGUUGUUACCCAAAAUUCCUUGCAGUCCUAGCUCUGCCAUCUCCAGCCGGAAUAUUAUGAUACUCCCCAGGACUUCCGAGAACAAUCCCUGUGAUGUUGGGGAGGCGUUUCUUUUAUCAUCGAUGCGCAGUUAUGAAAAUGUAAUUGUUGCAGCGGAUCUUAUCCCUGAGAUGUUGUCCACCACGAUGCACCGUGCUGCUACAUUAUUUGCUUCCAAAGGUAGGAUCACUGGUUCACCGGCCUUGGUUUAUUCACAGCGGCUUCGAAGGAAGUAUAGCAAUGUGUCCAGUGUUAUUGAAUGGGAAAGGACUUUCAAGUCCUCUUAUGAUAAGAGAUUUACUACUGAAAUGAACUCUGGGAGGUCUUUCGAAGGGGAAUAUGGAUAUACUCUUGGCAACACAAAUGGAGGGGAAGAUCUUGACGAUAGUAUCCGCCAAAAGCUAAAUGGACCUCCAGCGUCUAGACUUAGGAUGAACAUGAAAGAAAUAGUAAAGGUUAAUGUCGAUAAAGCUCUCCACUUUUACAGCAAAGAGAGGAAGCCUCUAGGAGCUGGAAUAAAUUCUAGCAUGGACAAGCGAGAUGACUGCUAUGAGAUAGCUCACCAAAUAGUGGCAGGGUUGAUGGAUUGCAUAAGACAAACUGGUGGAGCUGCUCAGGAAGGCGAUCCAUCGUUGGUAUCAUCUGCUAUUUCCGCAAUUAUGUGUGGUGUUGUUAGAGUUCCCGAGUUGACUGGUAGCACUAAUCAUGCACAUGGUCAGCAGUUAAAUCAUUCAAAUGCCCCUCCGACUUCCGGGUUGCACUUCGCUUGGAGGAUAUUACAUGUUCUGAUCACUUGCCUCUCUAUACUUAAAGACGCGCUUGGAGAGCGCCAAACCCGUGCUCUUGAAAUCGCUCUCGCAAGGGAAGCUUCUGCUACUCUCAUGCAAGCAUAUUCAUCUGGAAAGGUAUCUCGAGCUCAGUUUCAGAUGUCUCCGGAGACCCAUGAUCUAAAUCCAAAUUUGCCGAAUGAAAGCCUUAACCAUUCUAAGAGUGUUCUUGGAAGUGCUGAGAAAAUAACUGCUGCUGUAUCUGCUUUUGUCGUUGGGGCAAUUCUUCAGGGAGUCACUAGCCUGGACAGAAUGGUCACCGUAUUUAAAUUAAAAGAUGGGCUGGAUCUAAUUCAGUUUGCGAGGAGCAUGAAAUCGAAUACGAAUGGCAGUAGUGUGCGCUCGGGAGGGGUUUUGAAGGUGGAUAGCUUGGUUGCUGUUUCAGCUAACUGGUUCAGGGUUCUUGUGGGGAAUUGUCGAACGGUGGCUGAUGGAUUUCUUGUGGAGCUCUUGGGUGAAGCCUCGAUUGCAACUCUAUCUAGAAUGCAACGAAUGCUGUCUCUGAAUUUGGUCUUUCCGCCAGCCUAUUCUAUGUUUGCGUUCUUGAUAUGGAAGCCCAUUCUCGAUGCCAGCUUUGGUUCACGUGACGAGUUUCAUCAAUGUUAUCAGCUGUUAGCAAAAACCUUGAGCGAUGCUGUAAAGCACGUUCCUUUCCGUGAGAUAUGUUUCCGGGACACUUAUCGUCUGUACGAUCUGAUGGCUGCAGAUAGCCUCGAUGCUGAAUUUGUAUCCCUGCUGGAAUCCGCCGGUUCAGACAAUUACUUGAAAGCUGCUGCAUUGGCUCCACUCCGUUCUCGGCUGUUUCUAGACGCACUUAUAGAUUGCAAACUACCAGUACCUGUAGGUAAACUAGACGGCGGGAAUUGGAUCUCUGGUCCCGGCGAGUUGAUAAAACAAUGCGAUGAAAAUGUGAAAAAGCUCAUGAGUAAGCUCGUUCUUGUUCUGGAUACUCUGCAGCCAGCAAAAUUUCAUUGGCAGUGGGUUGAGCUUCGGCUUCUGCUAAACGAGCAGGCUGUGAAUGAGAAAAUGGUGAACGACGUCUCCUUGAGCGACGCCAUCAGGUCUCUAUCUUCCCAUCCUGAUAAAAGUACUGCUUCGGACAACGAGAGCCACUUUGUUCAAAUCAUACUCACCCGUUUAUUGGUCCGGCCAGACGCCGCCCCCUUAUUUUCCGAAGCUGUACACCUAUUGGGCAAGUCUCUUGAGGAUUCAAUGCUUUCGCAGGCGAAAUGGUUGCUCAGCGGCGCAGAAGUUCUGUUUGGUAAGAAAUCGAUUCGGCAGAAGGUUAUGAACAUUGCUACCGAGCUCAAGGAGCUGUCAUUGAAACCUCAAUAUUGGAAACCUUGGGGAUGGUGUCACACCAACGAUAGUUCGACGGCGCAAAGGAGAGAGAGAUGGAAAUCGGAAUCUGGUGCCCUCGAAGAAGGAGAAGUUGCUGACGAUGGGGGACGUGAUUCUAGCCCGUUUGGGAAACGCUACGGCGUUGAUUUUGAAGGUUUUAUUUCUAGCCAGCAGCAUUUGACCGAACGAGCUCUUAUCGAACUUAUUCUUCCUUGUCUGGAUCAAAGUUCUGAUGACCUGCGUAAGAAUUUUGCUCACGAAAUGAUCAAGCAAAUGACGAACAUCGAGCAACAGAUAAAUGCCAUAACCCGUGGCGUUUACAAACUUUCCGGAACUCCUAAUUCUGCUAUUGGAAGUCCCGCCAGUAAAGGCGGGACACGAAAGAGUGGAAAGAGUGGCAGUCCUGGGAUAUCCAGACAAUCAACCGGAUCUGCCGAUGCUAUUCCUCCAUCUCCUGCAGCACUGCGAGCUUCCAUGAUUUUACGGUUGCAGAUCCUACUACGGUUGCUCCCGAUUAUUUGUGCAGACAGGGAGCCUUCAGGCCGCAACAUGCGGUACAAUCUUGCAUAUGUCAUUUUACGUCUACUAGGAAGCCGAGCUGUGCAUGCUGAUUCUUCUCACUCUGUUGCUACUGCACUGAUUUCUUCCAAACGAGACACGGCGUCUCUCAUCGAAACUUGUAGCGCAGCGGCGCUUAUGUCCGGUGAAAGCCUCUUCGAUUAUUUAUUGUUGGUUCUACACGCUCUCCUGAGCAGCCACCAGCCUAGCUGGUUGAAACCCAAGCCCGACGCCAAGUUGGCUGACUAUGCCGUUAUUUUCGACCGUGAAAUGUCCGAAAGUCUGCAGAAUGAAUUGGAUCGUAUGGAAUUACCCGACACAAUUCGGUGGCGCAUCCAAACUGCGAUGCCGAUUCUUACCCCAUCAUCUUUCGGUUUGAUCUCUUGCGAGCCGCCAUCUGUCCCCUCGACUGCCCUUGCCUGUCUUCAACCAAGUAACCUGGUGACGACACUCAAUCCCACCAGUUCAAGCCUGUCGCAGAAAACUCCCGUCUUACCGGGGCGUUCGAAGUCGAAGCAGCAGCAGCAGCAGGAUCUUGACCCGGAGAUCAACCUGUGGACCCUUUUGGAAGACGGCGCCGGGUCCGGCCAGCCGUCGCCGAACUCCGCCGUCGUUGGCGGCAACGACCAAGUCAAUCUAAAGGCAUCGCCGUGGCUUAAGGGGGCUGUGCGGGUAAGAAGAGGCGAUCUAACGUAUGUCGGGGCAGUAGACGAGGACAGCUGAUUCGACAGAUCGACAGCGGUUUGCAAUUGUUUGUUGGCCGGCUCCGAUUCUAUUCUUGCCUAAUCGGAAUCAGGUAUUGGGUUUCCGAUUUUAGGUCCAUCCCUUCCGGCUCUGCUCGUCGCUUACUAACCUGUUUUGUGUUGGCGGUGGUUCUGAACCGAGCGAUUUUUAUAGUUUGUUGUUGUAUAUACGGGGAGGUAUGGCAUCGCAUCUCUUCCCUUGUCUUCUCCUGCCGAUCUGUCGUCGUGUAGAAUUGUUGUCGCUGUCGUCGUCCAACUGUCGGAAACAGUUUGUAGUUUGCUCGGUUCUCUCAGGAAUAUUUUGUCAACAUAUCGAUUUAAAUUCGAUCAGUCGCAUUUUUUGUCGA